AUGGCGCCUCCACCAGCACCAGGCGUGUGGUGCCCCGCAGUCACCUUUUACACCCCGGACAGCGAGACUGCAACCCUGGACCUUGUCGCGCAAAAGCAGUACUUCACGUACCUUUCGCAGUCUGGUCUGACUGGGCUCGUCAUUCUCGGAUCCAAUGCCGAAGCGUUUUUGCUCACGCGAGACGAGAAACGGGCACUGAUGAAGUGCGCACGUGAAGCAGUCGGCCCCGAUUAUCCUCUGAUGGUGGGUAUCUCUGGCUUCUCAGUACCCCAGGUCAUGGAGAACAUCAGCGAUGCAAUUGAAUCGGGGGCAAACUAUGGAUUGCUGCUCCCGGCGGCAUACUAUGGGCCUGCGACAUCAAAGGACGUGGUCAUGGCCUUUUACGACGAGGUUGCACAGAAGAGCUCAUUGCCCAUUGUCAUUUACAACUUCCCGGGCAUUUGCAGCGGCGUGGACCUCGACUCUGUUACUAUUGCGGCCUUGGCCAAGCGCAACCCCGGAAAGAUUGUUGGCGUCAAGUUGACGUGUGGAAGCGUGGCAAAGAUCACCCGGCUUUGUGCAGAACUACCGAGCGACAUGUUCUCGACGUAUGCAGGACAGGCCGACUGGUUGAUUGCCGGGUUGGCUGUCGGAAGCGCAGGAUGUGUGUCGGCAUUCAGCAACGUCUUUCCCAAGGUAUGCUCGAAAGUCUACGAGCUGUACACGAGCGGUAAGACGCAGGAGGCAUUGGAGCUGCAUCGCAAGGCUGCGUUGGCGGAAAGCCCAAUAAAAGCUGGAAUUGCACCAACUAAGCAUGCAGUCAGUCAGUACAGCGCAAAGGCUGCAGGUAUCGAGGGUGCAGAGGAAAGGCUACAUCCAAGGCAACCCUACAUGCCGGUUGGUGAGGCACUGAAAACGAGCGUUAAGAAUACCAUGGGGGAACUGGCUGCGAUUGAAAAUGGCUUGUAA